UGAUUUUAAAAUCAUGAUUCCAGAAAAGAACCAUACAAUAAAUUUAGUCCAAUUUUAUGCCUUCUGUCCUAGUGAAAGACCUGUCUUCUGUUUCCCAUGACGGUGGUUACCCAGGACUUCUUGGGUGUCCUAAUUUAUUGUUGAAUAACUGUUAUUUACUUGGUUUCACUGUUUGAAACUUACUGGUUAAACAACUGGUUCAGAUUCUGUCCUCUGGAGAGAUGCAAUUUUGCAAACAUACUGAUUUUAUAUAUUGAGGGUGCCAUGUUUGAGUCUCUGUAUUCAGUGGAGCAUAUCAGAGUUCAUGUUAAUUUUUACACUGGUGUACAUCUAAGUAGAGGGGCUGCUCUGGUCUGAAUGUUAAUGUCCCUGCAAAAUUUGUAUGUUGGAGCCUAAGGCCCAAGGUGACAGUAUUAAGACGUGGGGCCUGGCUGGGCGUGGUGGCUCAUGCCUGUAAUCACAGCACUCUGGGAGGCUGAGGUGGGUGGAUCACCUGAGGUCAGGAGUUCAAGACCAGCCUGGCCAACAUGGUGAAACUCCGUCUCUACUAAAAAUACAAAAAUUAGCCCAGAGUGGUGGCACGCACCUGUAAUCCCAGCUACUUGGGAGGCUGAGGUAGGAAAAUCACUGGAACCUGGGAGGCGGAGGCUGCAGUGAGCCGAGACUGCGCCAUUGUACUCCAACCUGGGCAACAAGAGAGAAACUCUGUCUCGGGAAAAAAAAAAAAAAAGUAGGGGUAGAGCCUUUGGGGGAGUGAUUAAGUCAGGAAGGGCAGGGACCUUGUGAAUGGGACUAGGGCCCUUAGGAAAGUGGCUGCAGGGAGCCACCUCGCCCCUUCCACCAUGUGAGGACACAUAAAAGACACCAUCCAGAAGUGUGACCCUCACUAGACAGUCAAUCUAUUGGAGCCCUGAUAUUGGACUUCCUCAGCCUCCAAACUGUGGGCAAUAAACUUCUGUUGUUUAUAAAUUAUCCAGUCUAAGAUAUCUUGCGACAAUAGCCCAAAGGAACUAAGACAGAGGUUAACUGAAGAUGUAAGGGAUUUCUUCAUUUUAGGAGGUGUUUAAUUGUAUUACUUAAGUUGAAUUAGCAAGAGUAAUGGUAAGCUGACUUCGUAAGAGUAUGGGUAAGUGUGAGAAGCAGGAUGGUGAGGAAGGAGAGGAAGGUCACUUGACUUAAACACAGUAUCGCUAGCAGAGGAGAGGUAGAAAAGGCGAGGGUACUGGACAGGCACUGAUUUUGGCACAGUGAGAAAGUUGUGGGUAGCAGAGACAUUCUUCGCCGAGAGUCGUCGGGGUUUCCUGCUUCAACAGUGCUUGGACGGAACCCGGCGCUCGUCCCCCACCCCGGCCGGCCGCCCGUAGCCAGCCCUCUGUCCCCUCUUCACCGCGCCCUCGGACCAUCCCAAGGCCCCCGCUGCCGCUCCAGCGCCACGCAGCCACCGCCGCCACCUCUCCUUAGUCGCCGCCAUGACGACUGCGUCCACCUCGCAGAUGCGCCAGAACUAUCACCAGGACUCAGAGGCCAUCAACGGCCAGAUCAACCUGGAGCUCUACGCCUCCUACGUUUACCUGUCCAUGUCUCACAACUUUGACCGCGAUGAUGUGGCUUUGAGGAACUUUGCCACAUACUUUCUUCACCAAUCUCAUGAGGAGAGGGAACAUGCCGAGAAACUGAUGAAGCUGCAAAACCAUCGAGGUGGCCAAAUCUUCCUUCAGGAUAUCAAGAAACCAGUCUGUGAUGACUGGGAGAGCAGGCUGAAUGCGAUGGAGUGUGCAUCACAUUUGGAAAAAAAUGUGAAUCAGUCACUACUGGAACUGCACAAACUGGCCACUGACAAAAAUGACCCCCAUUUGUGUGACUUCAUUGAGACACGUUACCUGAAUGAGCAGGUGAAAGCCAUCAAAGAAUUGGGUGACCACGUGACCAACUUGCGCAAGAUGGGAGCCCCCGAAUCUGGCUUGGCAGAAUAUAUCUUUAACAAGCACACCCUGGGAGACAGUGAUAAUGAAAACUAAGCCUCAGGCUAAUUUCCCCAUAGCCAUGGGGCGACUUCCCUGGUCACUAAGGCAGUGCAUGCAUGUUGGGACUUCCUUUACCUUUUCUUUAAGUUGUGCCAAAACAUCCACUUAAGUUCUUUGAUUUGUACCAUUCCUUCAAAGAAAGAAAUUUGGUACCAAAAAAAAAAGAAAGAAAGUUGUCGGUAGCAAAGCUAUUACAGGACAGAAAUGUGGUAUGUGGUCGAGGCUGUCACUGCACUACUCAUCACUCACACUGAGGUGACUGGGAGGAGCCGGGGAAGGACAGAGAGGAGUCACAGGGAGCUCAUUUCCAGCCCCGCUAAAUGGGAGGGAGAAGGCUGCCAUCUCUGUGGGACAGCUUGCAGCUUCUCAUGUCCUCCCUUUUGACCUCUGUAGCUCUGCCAGGCCCAGAUUAUUUUGCUCACUUGUUGCUUGCUCUCCUGAAAUAAUCUGAUGAACAAAACAAUUUCAUUAAAGAUGAGUGAAUACUUCUAACAAUAACUCCUCACUCUGAGAAUAAGUAGGUAGAGGAAAACAACGUAUCCUGUCUUUUAAGUAGGAACUGUAUUAGUUGAAAAGCAGGGGCGGGAAUCUAACAGGUGAAUGCCAGUAGAAGGAAUGUAUUUAAAAUGAUUGAAAUAAAAAAUAAUUUUGCAAUCUUUAAUGAAGGGAUUCAGGUAAACAUCAUCAGUGAUACCAAAGGUGAAAGGUGGAUGGGAAACUAAAAGAUCCACAUGGCACCAAAGUAUUACCCUACAGAGCACUUCCUAAUCACACAGGAAUGGGGGUAGGGGAAGGAAAAGUAUCUUUACAAUGCAGUGAUAUGGCUGUGACUACCUUAAUACCAUGAUUAAACUUACUGUCUCUAAUAGUGGAACAAUCAGACAUUAAAAGGUUCCUAAUGAAGUAUUCUUGUCAAAAAUAUAUAAGCUAGGCCGGGCUUGGUGGCUCACGCCUGUAAUCCCAGCACUUUGGGAGGCCGAGACAGGCGGAUCACAAAAUCAGGAGAUUGAGACCAUCCUGGCUAACAUGGUGAAACCCCGUC